UUCGGUACCGCGCGUCAGUGCUCCAGCGGACGCGGACGCGCGCGCACGUGUUACUUGGUCUCUCUCUUUGAUUCGUCGUUUCCGGAUCGUAUCGCGGAAGAGAGAGAUGCGAAAUCGUGCACAACGAUUGCAUAGUUAUUAGAGUGCUAGGAUUUAUUGUUGUUUUUGUCAUUGAGUGCAGUGCGUGUGGAGUGCGAGAGUGAGAGAUUCCGUGAGAUCGGUGAAGAUCGUUUGUGGAAAAGUCGAGCGCGUCGGCCAACGGGAGAGAGUCGCUCCGCGACAUUCCGUACGUUCUCAACAUUCCUCGCGAGCGCGCAACGUGUUCCAAAGUGCGCUCCGUUCAAUUUCUGGGGAAUAUUCUGUCAUUAGCAGCGAGACCUACCCUUACGCUCUGUUGCGCGUGUUUCGGUGAAACAUCUGGCGGAAGGAAUAAUCCGACAGCGCGAUUCCCUGACGUAGAAAAUUUUCUCGUCGUUAGCAUCUAUUAUCGCAAAGGAGAAAUCGAGUCGAGUUGACCGCCGUAGAAACGGAAUUCGCCGAUCCGAGAGAAGAUCGUUAAUCUAACAUCGUCGUGGAAACGUGGAUCGUUGCCUAAUAUCAUAUGACGUUAUUCUCGUACACACUGUGUGAAAUUACAUACGGAUAAAGGAGUGACGUAACGACCAAUUGGCGCGAGAUUUUUUUUAUCGCCCUCGUUUUCGUUCGAGAUAUGAUUUCGAUCUGAUGUCUGUCAUUUAUCGGAGCGAGUCUCAGUACGAUAUAUACCGUACCUUAAUGUCGAUUGUCGGCAAUUAUCGCUAUUAAUCCGUCGUACGUCCCCGGAUUUCUCCGAGUACAAUCGCACACUAACGUGAUCCAGUUUCGGCGCUGACGCGGCGCCGAAUCGAGUCGAUUAUCAGAUCGAGAACGUGCAAGUGGCACCUCGACUUUUGCCGGCUCGCACGUCGGGACAUGCAACAGCUUCGUGCGACCUUUUGAGGCGCAAUCUGCACGAUCGUCGUGCCGCGUAUCGACGAUCGAAGCUUACCGCACGCUAAACCAUCGAGGAUUUGCUCAUAUCCCGUCGUGAAAAAAGAAGAAAAAAAAACCAUCACGUUCCGCGAUAAAGAUAAUAACUAAAAAAAAAAACGCCGACAGAUUGGAAGGUCCGCUGAUCCUCGAUCCCAUCGUUUCUUGUCGCAUUGAACAUACAUAUUUUAACGCGAUCGGCAAUCAUUCGCGAUAAUCGUUUCAGCGAAGCGAACAGGACAGAAUUAUCAUUUUUGCGCGGAUUAAUAUAUCAACGAUUGCACAUCGAUUGAUUGUGCGUCGAGUGAAAUUAUCUGGACAUCUUACCGAACACUGCCCAUCAUUCUGUGAUAAAACCUGUGAUUUUCCUGAGAUUUCGUUGGGAUUUACGAGGAAAGAAUCUUCGUUUCUUUACAAUUGCUGAUAAUCGCAAGAUCUAAUCGGCUUAUUUAACUUUGCCAGAUUAGUUCUCUCCAAGGAAUUUAAAAAGGCAUACUAAUUAUAAAAAAUUUGGAAUAAAAAUUACACAUAUUUGCCGCCGUGUUCGAAUUACAUACAACAGGUGAUUCGCAACUCUGCCAAUACGAGCGCAAUCCAGUCCGAGACUCCAGGCGGCUGGUCAAGCUGCAAGUGUCUGGACGACAUGAGGCUCAUGCAGAGAUUAGCGAUCAGCGGACUGCUGUCCGUGAUCCUGAUCCUUCUUUUGAUGACCGGCACGAUCGUAACGCGACGCGAUACUUUUGCGAGUGUCAUCGAUCGGGGUGUCGCACCGGAAGAACGCAACGAGCAAUUGAAUCCCGCUUGGGUGCAGGAGAAUGUGGUUCCCGGGCAGAAUGAACCUGAGAUCGAAGACCGGGAUAAGGAUAAAGAUCGACGUUUAGAUAUCAAGCAUAAACAAUCCGAGCCUUCGGCGAUCGGACCGCCGGCCGUAUCUGUUCCUGGCGCUUACGUUAUUAGACCCCCGAAUCCGCCUCUGGAUGACGUAACCAAUCAGCGUCGUGAAAAAGUUAAAGAGAUGAUGAAGCACGGUUGGGACAACUACGUGCGAUAUGCAUGGGGAAAAAACGAAUUGAGACCCAUCUCCAAGAGAGGUCACAGUGCCAGCAUCUUCGGGGCAUCGAAUAUGGGUGCGACCAUCGUUGACGGACUCGACACUCUUUACAUCAUGGGCCUUCACGAUGAAUUUAAGCAGGGACGCGACUGGAUUGCCGAGAAUCUGGACUUCGAUAUCUUACUACUAUUCAUCACCACGCAAUACAACACGAACCUCCUCUUCAAGAUUCUCUCAUUUAUAUUACCUACUCUUUUCUCCACUAUAAAGUACUGCUUUUUUAUUAUACAAGCUAACAGUGUAAGUUUAAAACAGUAUAAGGAUAAUUCUUUUGAAGAUAUUGUUGUAAUCUUGAUACAACAAAUUGUAUUUUAAUAUAAGGAAAGGUAUAAGGAAAAGUGGAAUAAAUAGGUAAAGCAAAUGCUGGAGCGGCACCGAGACAACUGGAAAUUUUUUAAAGAUAAACAGGAAAUUGAUAUUAUAGAG